AUGGCCUCCCUUGAAUGUCUCCCCCAGGAGCUUUGGCAGGAUAUCUGUGGCUUCCUUGCGGAGGGAGGAGUCUCUGAGCUACGCAACUUUUCACGGGCGAGCAAGCGGUGUUGUGCUGCCGCUGACCCGAAACGAUUCCAACAUAUCCGCCUUGUCAUCUCGACCGAAUCAAGGCUGGAGCUAUGCCUGAAUCGCUGGGUUUCGUUACUGGGGCGAAGACAAAGUUACGGCUAUGUUCGUCGAGUUAGCAUUGGCUGCUAUUGCGCCGUCGAGUACAUGAAGCCGGGUGUCGAAAGUGCGGCAGAUAUUACUAGUUUCCGGUGUCAAUGCCCUAAGUCUCCUUCGGAAUACAACUCCAAGUACCCCCAAGAUGACUACUUUUACUGUCAUUAUGAUCCUAACCCUCUAACUCCAACUGAGCUUGACGACGAGGAUGACUUAUGGUGGUCAGUUGCGAUGUUUUUGAGCAAGCUCACCGGCCUAAGAGACAUCUUCUACUUCAGGCAGAAUCAGUUCCCCCGCUGUAUCUUGACGUUAUUGCGUCUAAAGCUUCGGAGAUGCAGGCUGCACAUUUGCCCUUUUAUUCUACACUAUAUGGUUCAUGACGAUGGAGAUAUAGAUGAGUACGGGUUCGUCUUUGCUAAGUUACCGAAUUUAUACAGCGUAUCCCUGGCGUGGCACUGGUCGCGUGAGAUGCUAGACUAUGGUGAUGAGAUUCCCCUACAACUCGUCGGAGAGCUCUCCCCUUCGAUCAGAGAGAUUAGUUUGGUCCGCGGAGUUCUCCCACUUCCGCAGGUAAUAAGCCCAGGGGAACACUCGCCAUGGCGACAUCGCUUUGAAGGCCGGCCACAGCCUGACGCUAUAAAGCCAAAGAGUCUCGAGAAGCUUGCAAUUUCGAAUUGCUACAUGGCGUCCUUGGACUUUGUUCAGGCCUGGAGCCGGUAUACUCUAUUUUCCAGCCUGCGUAGCCUCUUGCUCCCAGAGGGCGUUCCGUUGGAUACACUCAUCUGGUUAAGGGAGUGCCAAUUCCAGUCACUCGAGACCCUCGUAAUAUGCAUCUAUGGAGAGAAGUUCCUAGACGACGACGAAACACUUCAGCAGACGGAUGAAGCUGGGGCUGCCUUUCUCAAGAAGCUACUCCCGCUCAAAGAGUUGCAAAUAAACGGAUCGUUUGGACAGGGUACAUUUAAAGCUAUCUUAGAGCGCCACGGUACGGCUCUGCGGCAGCUUUCAUUCUCGUCUUGCUUCAACCUGGACAUGCCCAUUAUGACAGUGGACAUGAUUGACGGUAUUCGACUACGCUGCCAUGAGCUUCGGGUGCUCUCAUUGCCCAUUAAGCGCUCCCAGAGUGAUUCUCAAGAAGUCGACCAUUACAGGGCCCUGGGCAAGUUUACCCAACUGGAAGAGCUGGAUAUACAACUUGGCAACUCGGGCAAACACAGUCGACGCGAGUUCAUAUUUACCAACGCCUAUGUUCGCGCUAUGGUGGUAAACUAUGCCGUUGAUAGCUCCCUGGUUCGCUCCAUAGCUAAUAUCGUCGGCUCAGGAGAGAGUGCACUCAAAAGGCUCACGCUGAAGACUUGGGGCCUAGACACGUUUUCGGGGCUACCGCGUACUCGUAUUUCUUCGAAUUGCGUUCAAUUCCUCAUGAAUAUAGACAAAGGCUGGCGGUGUACUUGGUCGGGCGGCCACAGCGACGUGGUCGUAGAGGAUCUUGGUAUCAUAAAACGUAAGGGUAGGAGCAAGAUAGAGAUAGAUUACAUAGAAGGCGUUCUUCGAAGUAUCUGGCCGGAGAGCCGUGGGGAGAGGUGGUGGGAGGACUGGCAUAGCUUACCUCUCCAGCUUGAUUGA